AUUUUUCCGAGCAGGAACAGAAAGAACAUCAGAAUGGCAUCUCCAGAGUUGAACGCGCGCACGCACACAAUGGACAAUACAGGUCGACGCGGCCAGCUAGCGGCACCAAGCCGCCAACUACCUCCAACGCUAACUACCUCCAGCUAGCGACACCAAGCCGCAACGGUGCACCCCGCAGCCCGCGCUUGACCCGUCGCGAUACCGAAGCCCAUAGAACCAACGUGCUAUAUAAUCACAAGCCGUAUCGAGGGGCUUCUCGUCUCCUCAUUCCGCCCCCAGCGUCCUUCCUUCAGCGCGCCGCCGCCGCCGUGCUGUUAUUGCCGAUGGAAACCUCUGGACGACACGGCGCCUCCGGCUGCUACACCCCUCCCGCGGCAGACAGGCUCUGGAGGCAGCGCUCCUCUCCCGCAGCUGUUGUGUCCGCCUUCUUGCCGUGCGGCGGCGACGGUGGCCAGGCGCGAAGAAAGAUCAGGAGCGCGCGUCUGGGUGGGAAGGUCGGGCACCGCAACGGCGAGGAGGCGGAGUUGGGCCCUGCUGCCUUGCCAGGCGGCAUGGGGUUCGCGCGAGCGCUGUGGAUGCAGAUCGUCACCAAGGUGAUGAGCCGGAGGGGUUCCUCCGUGAAGGAGCGGUACGCGCAGGAGGAUUACGAGCAAAACUUCGACGAGGGCGGCGCGGCUGGGGAGCCCGAGAACCUCCCGCGGUCCUUCUCCGCGCGGUACGCCCGCCGGCGUCCUGCUGGGAUGGCGUUCUCGGAUGUAGCUCACCGCCUGCGUUUGCAUCCUGAUUGUGGGUAAUUAAAUCUUGUGAGGAGUUUGUGGACAUGAGAAACGAUCACGUCAUCGACUCAUGGGUGUAGCUCAGACUGGUCUUGUCUUUGGAAAAGAAAAUACGACCAUACGUACACAUGAGGCCUUCAGCUCAGACUUCUCAGGGCAUGUACAAUGGUGGCAUAUUAAUACAUAUGCCUCAUGACAAAAGGUAAUUUGAAGUAUCUACAUUUUAUUUUUCUCCCCAAUGUAAGCUAUCACUAAUGUGCCUUAUAAAAAAAUAAAAAAUAAAGACUUUAGUACA